UCCAGCAAGGCGGCUGCUCUUGGGGCUCCUGGCGGCGUCUCGUCGGUGAGUGAAGAGCCGGGGAGACGGACGAGUGGAGCAGAUUUUUGAUCUAAUUUAACACAAUGUCUCGAAGAUAUGACUCGCGAACAACCAUAUUUUCUCCAGAAGGGAGACUAUAUCAGGUGGAAUAUGCUAUGGAAGCUAUUGGCCAUGCUGGAACGUGUCUGGGGAUCUUAGCAAAUGACGGUGUUCUCUUGGCUGCAGAAAGACGUAACAUACACAAGCUCCUGGAUGAAGUUUUCUUCUCUGAAAAAAUAUACAAGUUAAAUGAUGACAUGGCUUGUAGCGUUGCAGGAAUAACAUCUGAUGCCAAUGUCCUCACAAAUGAGCUGCGGUUAAUUGCUCAGAGGUAUCUCCUUCAGUACCAGGAACCAAUUCCCUGUGAACAGUUGGUCACAACACUCUGUGAUAUCAAACAGGCGUACACACAGUUUGGAGGAAAGCGUCCUUUUGGUGUUUCUCUGCUGUACAUGGGAUGGGACAAGCACUAUGGCUAUCAGUUAUAUCAGAGUGACCCCAGUGGAAAUUAUGGAGGAUGGAAAGCCACAUGUAUUGGGAAUAACAGUGCUGCUGCAGUUUCUAUGCUGAAACAAGACUUCAAAGAAGGAGAAAUGACUUUGGAGUCAGCACUUGCAUUAGCAAUUAAAGUGUUGAAUAAGACCAUGGACGUUAGUAAACUAUCAGCCGAAAAGGUGGAGAUUGCAACGCUGACCCGAGAAAAUGGAAAAACUCGCAUCAAGGUUCUGAAACAGAAAGAAGUGGAGGUUUUGAUUAAGCAGCAUGAGGAAGAAGAGGCAAAGUCUGAACGUGAGAAAAAAGAAAAGGAGCAAAAAGAGAAGGAGAAAUAGAACAGCAAGUUAAUUGAGCUGCAGGUUCAUGUUCCAGUAAGACUGGAAGUUUGCUGGAAAUCUGAAUGACUGCAGUGUCUUCAGGAGAGAAUUAGAUAAACCAGACAGAACUAAACUUCUUGUAUACUUCGCACACCAAUUGUAUAUGCACUAAGGAUUACCAGUUGGGUUUUUAAAAUAAAGAAUAAAGGCAAAAAUAA